AUGAGGGUCCACAGCCUCUCCCGGCUGUCCUUCCUUCUCCUGGCCGCUCACGUGCUCUCGGUGGACGGCAAGAAGGAAGCAAGGAAGAGAGGUGUCAGCAAAGCCGGCGCGGAUGAAACGCAUGCCCUGGGCAAGCCCCAGACUGGGCAGAGAAGCCAGCCGCCCAAGAACCCGACCAAAGGCAAGUUUGUGACCCGAGACCAUGCCGACUGCAGGUGGGUGGUGACUGAGAAAGAAGAGGGCGUUCUUCUGAGGGUCGAUUGCACCCGGCAGGACGACAAGUUCUCCUGUUUCUUUACUGGCAAUCCGACCUCGUGCCUGGAGUCGAACAAAAAGAGUGUCUAUUGGAAACAAAUUGGCCGGAGCCUGCGCUCUCAAAAGGUCAUCUGUGGGGACUCCAAGAGCGUCCUGAAGACCAGGGUGUGCAGAAAGAAGUUUCCAGAAUCCAAUCUCAAGCUGGUAAACUCUACUCUAAUUAGGAAGAAACCCAGCCAGGAGUCAGUGGCGCCGUCUCCCGGGGAGCAGAGCGUGGUCAACGAGGCCUCCUUCAUGGAGCCUAACAAGUUCAAAGAGAACACCCUCUCUGGCGCAGCAGAGUCCAAGACCAUGGACUUCAACAACCCCGAGUGUGCGGACGACCCAGACAUGAACCAGAAGAAGGUAGCCUCGGAGUACUGUGGGGAGACCUGGGGCUCUUUCUGCAAAUUCUUCUUCGCCAUGGUGCAGAGCGAUUCAUGCUAA